CCCUGGCCCAGCCCUCUCCUCAAUGCUCCUCCCCCACUUUGUCUCUUGCAGAGAGUUUGAUUCACUUUCCAAGGACAAUGUCUUCGAGAAUAACCGUUUGGCCUUUGAAGUGGCUGAGAAGGAGCUGGGUAUCCCUGCUCUCCUGGACCCCAGUGACAUGGUCUCCAUGAGUGUCCCUGACUGCCUCAGCAUCAUGACCUACGUGUCCCAAUACUACAACCACUUUGCCAGCCCUGGCCAAGCUGCGUUGGGUCUUCGUUGCUGCGCGCGGGCUUUCUCUAGUUGUGCCGGGGUCUCAUCACCCAGAAAGGGCCUGGCAGCAUCCACCCCGCCAUCCAAAGCACCCACUCCUGCGGAACCAGGAGACAGGGCUCAGGGUGAUGAGUGCUCCUCGGGCAGCCUGUCAGAGCAGGGCGCCCACCGGACCCCCAGCAGCACGUGUGCGGCCUGCCAGCAGCAUGUGCACCUGGUGCAGCGUUACCUGGCUGACGGCAAGCUGUACCACCGGCACUGCUUCCGGUGUCGGCGGUGCUGCAGCACCCUGCUCCCCGGAGCUUACAGGAGUGGGCCAGAGGAGGGCACCUUCGUGUGUGCGGAGCACUGUGCCAGGCUGGGCCCCGGUGGGCGGUCAGGGGCCAGGCCUGCACUUCCCCCACAGCCAAAGCAACAGCAACUUACAGAAGAAGCCAAGGAUGUGGAGAGAGGCGGCCCCAGCCCUAAUGCGGCUGCAGGGGCCGAGGUGGACGUACCCAAGGCCGGCCCCGAGGACCGACCCCAGAUCCCCACCAAGCCCUGGGUUCCCGGCAAACCACAGGAGCUGGCCAGCACCCCAGGCAGCCGCCCCACACCUGCCCCCAGGAAGGCCUCUGAGAGCACAGCCCCGACGCUCCCCACGCCCCGGCCCCGGUCCAGCCUGCAGCAGGAGAACUUGGUGGAGCAGGGAGGCGGCAGUGGCCUGGUGAAUGGGAAGCUGCAUGAACCCCCCAUCCCCAAGCCCAGAGGGACACCCAAGCUGUCAGAGAGGACACCAGCCCCCAGAAAAGACCCCCCAUGGAUCACACUGGUGCAGGCAGAGCCAAAGAAGAAGCCAGCCCCCCUGCCCCCGAGCAGCAGCCCCGGGCCGCCGCCACCGGGCCGGGAUAGCAGGCAGGUGGAGAACGGAGGUGUGCAUGAGGUGGCCCCACGGGGCCCGGAGGUGGCUGGCCCGGAGCCCAAGCCCUACAACCCCUUCGAGGAGGAGGAGGAAGAGCCCCCAGCUGCACCCCGCCCAGCCACCGGCUCUGCCCCGACUCACCCGGAGUCCACACCCAAGUCCCUGCACCCCUGGUACGGCAUCACUCCCACGAGCAGCCCCAGGACAAAGAAGCGCCCCGCCCCCCGAGCACCCAGUGCAUCCCCCCUUGCUCUCCACACCUCCCGCCUGUCACACUCGGAGCCACCCUCGGCUACCCCGUCGCCAGCCCUCAGCGUGGAAAGCCUGUCAUCCGAGGGCUCCAGCCAGCCUCCAAGUGGGGAGCUUCUGGAGCCGCCAGUUGUGCCCAAGAGCUCCUCAGAGCCUGCUGUCCAUGCCCCUGGCACCCCUGGGACCUCGGCCAGCCUCUCUGCCAACUCCUCCCUGUCCUCCUCUGGGGAGCUGGUGCAGCCCAGUGUGGACCGGACACCUCAAGCCAGCCCUGGCCUUGCUCCCAAUACUAGGGGCAGCCCAGGUCCCCCUCCAGCCAAGCCCUGCAGUGGCACUGCUCCCACCCCUCUCGUGCUGGUUGGAGACAAGAGCCCUGCGCCUUCCCCUGGAACCUCAUCCCCGCAGCUCCAGGUAAAGCCCUCUGAGGGCCCAGCUGUAGUCCUGGUCUGACCGACCUGACAGAGGAUAAGUCUGGGGAGGAGCCCGAGCUGUUGGUUUGUGCACCUUUCAAAUGCCGCUUAACCUUCCCUGGCCUGGGCAACCGCCUCGUGUCCAACUGUGUCAUCACCUGCUGUGUGACCUGGAGAAGGCCCAUCCCAUCUCUGGGCCUCAGGAUGCUCUGAGGAGCCCCGGGGUUCCUUGCUGUGGGAGGUGGGGGAGGGAGUUGAUUUUGGACCCCCCGCCCCUUC